CAGUUGCUCUGUAGAUACAAAUAGCAAGUAAUGCUUCAUAGGACUAAAGGCAGGGGGUCAUCUUAAAUAUCUUGAAAGACCAUGGCUACUAUGAGCUGUGCAUGUUGCUUGACAUGUCCAUGUUGUCCAGGUUGCAAAUGUUGUGAUUUCUGCAUAAAGUUUCGAAACUUUGUGAAUAAUAUAACCUCUGGCAGAUGCUGCUCUUGUUGGCGUUUCCUAUUUAGUGAUGAACGGCAGUGUAACUGUUGCUUUUGUCCACAUUCUGAAGAUUCAAGGUGCCAGUGCUGUCACUGCUCAUGUUCGGAGAACCCCAAUUGUCGCUGCUGCUGUUGUUCCUGUUCUACUAAUCGAAAUUGCAAGUGUUUAUGCUGUACAGAUGAGAAUACCGACUGUCAGUGCUAUGAUAGUAGAUGCUGCAGUUACCUCACCUAUUUGCCUUACAGGCCUAAAUAUAGACUGAGAAGACACAAAAUUGGAAGUGACAUUUCAAUCGUUUCAUUGGAUAAGACAAUAUCUGCACAUGAUUUUGUUGACCAACUCAUUUGCCCUCUGUGCCAGCGGUUGUUUACUCGCCCAUUCAUGUUGCCAUGUAAUCACUGCAUUUGUGAUAAAUGCAUCUUGAGGAGCCAAGCUGAGGCUGAGGUCACAGAGAACUUCUUCAUCAUUGUGUGCCCAUCUUGCCACAAAGCACAUUGCCUCCCAUUCGCUAGGAAAAUACAACUGAGGGUUAAUUACCUAAGGGCAAAAUUGGCCAGGAAGUAUAUGCGCCGGCAUGGUUUCCUAAGGUGGAGAUUUGACAGAAGCUAUCUUCCAGUCUAUUGUCAAGUUUGUGAUGAGCAGCGUAAGGCCACCAAGAGAUGUGUAACAUGUCAACUGAAUUACUGUAAUAUUUGUUUGCGGAACUUUCAUCAGGACGUCACCUAUCAAAACCAUAUCUAUGCCAAGAUUGGUGAUGAAGUCUGGGAAGAAACAAACUGUAUGCUCCAUGGUGAUUCAUUGCUCUCCAAAUACUGCCUUGAUGACAAUGAACUUGUUUGUGAAUAUUGCUGUGAUGCACAACACAGUGAUCAUGACACAGUUACUUUGCCAAUAGCAUGUUCAAAAUUGGCUGCUGCAUUAUUCGCUGCUAUAGCAAAGUUUAAAAAAGUUCGAUAUAUUAUUGAUAAUGAUCUGAUGGAAGUCCUGGUACUAAAAAGUAAUUUUAAGUCCUACAAAGAAACCAAAAGGAAGGAGAUAAGGAAUGGUUUCAUCAGGCUGCGAAUCAUACUUCAAGAAAGAGAGAAAGAGUUGAUGGAGGCAGUAGAAAACCUUGAGCUUCAAAAACAGAAGGCACUUUAUGAAUAUGCAGCAUACACAACCAAGAGAAUUCAGCAGAUGGACAGCCUGAUGCUUUAUUCCAAGGAAGCUUUAAAGGAAACCAGCCAGUUUUCAUUCCUGCAGUCUGCAAGUUGCUUGAUAAGAGAAAUAGAAGAUUCAAUUGCAAAUAUUUAUCAGCCUAGCCCACAUCUCAAGGAAGAUCCUAUUAAACAUCUUAAAGUAAACUUUGAUCAACUGUCAGAAAGCUUACAAAACAUUUUCCCAUCACUUGCAAGUAAGCUCCGUUAUGACAAAAUGAUGAAAUACCCUUAUCCCUCUAGUUCUGACAUAAUGAUUCCAAGGAAUAUUUCCAGUGCACACAUUCCAAACCCAUUAGGGUUGAAUCGAAGUCAGUCUUUAGCAUCCUUUAGUUCACUGGGGGAUCAAGCUAUGAGCAAUGAAUUGUUGCAAAGACCAAGAUCAUCACCACCUUCUGAUGUGAGAACUAAUGGAAUGUAUGCAGUUUGGAAUGCAUCAUCAGAUACUUCAAAAAAUGCAAGAAAUUAUCAAAACCUUGGUACUUUAUUCAAUCAAGAAUUACUUGGAGAACAAUCUACUUCAGUCCCUGGCCUUGUUGUUGUUUACCAAACACUUGUCUAUCCAACUGUUGCUAAGAUCUACUGGACAUGUCCUACAGAAGAUGUAGAGAGUUUUGAGGUUGCUUAUUAUGAAAUAAUGGAGGAAGAUGUUGCUGAAAAUUUAAUCCAGCCACAACUGAUGGGCGUACUUACUGGGAUAGUACAACAGAAUCUGGAAAUACAUAACCUAACACCUAAUACAGAAUAUCUCUUUAAAGUUCGAGCUGUGAAUGAGAAUGGACCGGGUGAAUGGAGUGAAGUUUGUAAGGUGGUGACUCCAGAUUUGCGUGCAAAAGUCAAAGGCAGAUGGGGACUGCUGAAACAUGUUCAGGCUGCUUUCCAUAAACCAACCUCAACUGCAACCUAAUGAACUAUUUUU